UGUGACGUUUAUAAUCUCCGAUAAAAUGGCCGACAAAAACAACAAUAACAAAUAAAUAAAUAAAUAUAUUAUAAGAAAACGCAAAACUAAAAUGGUAAAUUAUUAUUGUUUAAAUAUUUAUGAAUAUUAUCAUCAUUUGAACGUUUAAUAAUAGUUGCGGGCGAGUUGAUUUUAUAGUGUUAGUCGAGUCAAAUUUAAAAGAUCAAUACCCCAGCUGUUUCAGGGUUUUUAUUAAGAAAAUGGCCAGAUUGGCUGAUUAUUUCGUGAUUUGUGGCUUAGAUUUUAAUUCUGGACUGGAACCCGAUAAAUACUCAGAUAAUUUGCAUAUUUCCCCACUGGAACGCUCAUACAAAUGCAAAGUGCUCGCUCAUUAUCCAGAAAACAAUAAGGCAAACCCUUUUGAUGAAUCAGCUGUUUGUAUGCUCGCCUUACCUGCAGGCUUAAAAUUUAGGACCCAAAAACAUUCGGUUACUCAGUCGCCGAAUUUCCAUUCUUUUCUCAUCACCAGAGAGGAUGGCAAAAGAUGUUACGGGUUCAGCUUGGUGUUUUAUGAAGAGGUUCGGAACAGGGAUAUUUGCACUGCUAUGCAAACAUUACAGGCAAUGUACAUAACAGAGCUCUCCAGCGGCUUAAGAAAUCGACCUAUUCAACAAGUGCAAAACCAAGGACCUCAAUCCCGUUCCUUACCAAGGCAUUUUAAGUUGAACUCCCAAAAUCCCAACGGGGGUGUGUUAACUUACUACGAUAUUACCAAAGAUAAACUAUUUGUUGCCAAAAGUAUCGGUAUAAUUUGCCAAGCAGCUUAUGUUCAGGCAGCUAAAAUAUUUUUAGAGAAUUUAUAUAGGUGUGCUCCUAGAAAAUCUACCUCUGUUACCGGGCUCAGCUUGGAAAGUUAUGUGUUUAAUCUGCUGUAUGAGAUUGAGUUACCUGCUCCGGGUAAAAGUAUCCUGAUCCAGUUGCCUCCGUCUGACCCCCAUUUACCCGCUACCAAUGCGAUCAUACAGAACCCGGGCCCUCCGGUGGAGUUGCCUCACCUGGACUACUCGUUAAGGUUAAUGUUCAGCUGGUUGGGAGUGGACAUUGUUGUCCAGCUGUUCACUUGCUUAUUAAUUGAAAAUCAGGUGCUUUUAAGGAGUGGAGAUCCUCAGAAGUUAAUGGUGGUGGCAGAGGGUAUGACCGCGUUGCUUUUCCCAUUUACUUGGCCCCACGUGUAUGUCCCGAUAUUACCGGCCGAGUUGCAUCAUUUUUUGGAUGCCCCAGUGCCCUUUUUGAUGGGGUUGUACGCCUCAUCGGAAAGCGUGAAGGUCGCUUCCGAGGCGACGUUAUGCUUCGUGGACAUCGACAAGUGUAAAGUUCAACUGCCGGAGGAGCUGCCCAGUUUUCCUCACUUGGAAACGUUUGUCGCCGAAAUAUGGUCCUUGAUGGAUAAAUAUGGGGUGCAGGUGCCUAAUUCUGAAAAUACCAGGAAUGUUUGGGAUACACCGCCGCGCAGUUGUACCCUACCCCUAAGACCCCAAAACCAAAGGAAACUCUCGAUCCACAACAACACGUUGGAGUGCGACAGGCCGCCUUCGCCCCCCGGAUCGGCCCGCACCGAAGCCCUACAACGGAUCGUCGACAUUGUCCGGAGAACCGGAGUCGCGUUAGACAAAACCGAGAUCCAACAGCCCUCGGACGCCUAUUUGGACGACAUGCGGUUCAAUAAUGCCGUUAGGGAGACCUUUUUGAACCGGUUCGUCCAUAUAUUCCAGGCGUAUGAGAACUUCGUUAUUUUUCCUACGAAUCACAACAAAGAGGACUGGUUCAACAACCGCGACGAAAUGCAAAACUUCGACAAGGCGUCGUUUCUCUCCGACCAACCGGAACACGACCGACUCUUCCUCUGGCGAUUUCUCGAGUCUCAAAUGUUCGCCACCCUAAUCGACAACAAAAUCUUAUCCCAAUGGGACGAGCGCGACAAUAACCUGUCGAUCUUCGACAAUCGAAUAAAAUUACUGAGACAACGUUACGGGGGCGAAAAUCUACUGAGAUCGAUCGCUUACGAGCCCUGCACCAUCGUCCACGAAACGCAAAAGUUGUUGGAGAGGCGGCUGCAACAUCCGGAAUUCGAGUCGCCGCCCCCGAGGGAGAUUAUGAACGUGAAACCGACGAUAAGCAGACAGUUUCCCCUGUUGAAUAAGGAUAUAUUGAAUAAAACCCCGGUGGUUAGUAAGGGCAGUAUACCGAGGGCGAGGGAGUUGAGGAAAGGGUUUACUUUUGGUAAGCCGCCCUUGCCCCACGGCGAGAAGGGCGGCAAGAGUCAAGACGUUUCGCCCGCCCUACUUGCGCAAGCCAAUUGGACUUUUGUGGAGAAAUUGUUGGCGGAUUGCAAAUCCAAAACGAAACGAAUGCUGUUGGCCAAACUGGGGGCCGAAGGGGUCACCCUGUCCAGUAACCCUUCGUCAGACAGCGCGGGGGCUGUGGAGGAAAAUACCCUGGUGGCCGCCCUAUGUGACUUCCUGGAACGCGUGUGGUCCCACGGCCUACAAAGAAAACGGGGCAAAUCCGCCCUGUGGACCCACCUUUUAGCCUAUCAGGAAAAGUAUCAGGAUUUAAACAGGAAAGACAACAAUUAUUUGUCUGCCGACGUUUUAACUACGGACAUGGAAAACUGGCCCGGUAGCCCCGGUAACGGUAAAUCCGAGCUGCCGGACCUGCCGAACUCGAUUUUCUUCGACUUAAAGAACGUGCAGUCGAUGCCCGACGUGAAAACCGGCAUCGGGUUCGCCCGGGCGUGGGUACGACUCGCCCUGGAAAAGAAACUGUUGUCCAGACACCUGCGCGCACUACUCCUGGACCAGGGUUUACUAAAGGAACUGUACAAGCGAAACGCCUUUUUACGAUGCGAAGAGGAAAAGGAACAGUUCCUUUAUCAUUUGCUCUCGUUGAACGCGGUCGAUUAUUUUUGUUUCACUAGCACGUACCCGACCACGGUGGUACCGUAUCGGAUUUUGAUCGUGGCGAAUAAAAAGGGGGCUUAUACGUCGGCGAACGUGUGGGUUGUACUGAGCGGUACUUUGUCCGAAACCCAUCGGUUCGAGGUGCCGAAGAACACGUUUAAUUUUGAGUAUAGGCAUAGGAACCUGGGGGUGUUGACCACGUUACGUAUCGGCCAUGACAAUAGUGGGUUGUACGCCAAAUGGAUGGUCGAUUAUAUUUUGGUGAGGAAUGAGGUUACCGGACAUGUAUACCGAUUCACUUGCGGUAGAUGGCUAGGACGCGGUAUAGACGACGGUUCCACCGAACGUCUCCUGGUAGGCACCCUGAUGUUAACGAAAAAAGAAGAGGAAGAGAUGCGCUCGACCGGAAGUUUGGGACGUAGCACCCCCCGUAGCCGCUCCCCCGCCCCCUCGCCCAGACCGGAAAUGAAGGCUUCCGACUUGGAAUAUAUGCUCGGAGAUUGCGUGAACAAAAUCCUAAAAUGGCGCCACAAACGGAAUUCCGAGAGACACACCACCCUGGCCGCCCUUUUAUGCAGCGAGGGCGGCUUAGUCCAUUGCCUAGAAAACGUCUUUCUUAUGGGUUUUAAAUCGGUCAAGAUGUUCGUGGGCAAACAUUAUUUAUGGGACUAUUUUGUGAGAAUUAAGGAUCAGUUCGAGCAAAACUUAAUGGACGAACUGUCCGGUAAUAAAACUGGAAGUCUGGAGCGAAACCAUCAGGAAACCGUGGCAGUUUGGCGGUGCUAUUGCCAUCUAAUCGACGAAAUCCGGCACGGAAGUAAAAACCUUGGUAAAGACGGGAAGUUUCAGUUGUUUAUUUGUUUAGCUGUCAGGGAGCAUCUUUUACAUAGAAUGUUGAACCCUAUGGCCGUAUGCAGGGUGACCCAAGAAAUGUACGAGGAAAACUCGUUUUUGCGUAAAAGGGGCCUCUUGACGUUUCUGACGCAGAUUUUGGCCCCCCUGGACGAACUGGACGUGGUCCUCGAGAACUCGGUGACCCACGGCAUCAGUUCUCCUUCCGCUCAUUAAUUUUUUAGUUUUUAUUAAUAUGUCGUAGUUAAUAAUAACGUGAUAAGUGAAGAUCUUCGUUUAAAAUCUGAGGGAGAGAAACAAUUUAUUUUAAAUGGCAGAGAUAUUUUUUGUAAUACGUUUUACUUUAUUUUUCUAGUCUUUGACGGUCGGAAGAGAAACUUUCAUCCCGAUAUUAUUCAUUUGGUGAUAAAAAAUUAUAUUUUUUAUUAGUCCUGUA